CUUGUUGCGUUUUACCAGAAAUAAGAAAAAUGCCGAAGACAUUGGUUCGACUUCUGCUUAUUGUCGCCUGCUUUGCACCAGGAUUAACCUUCGACAAGUACACCACCCACAUACAAAAUGGAAACCCGAACAACUUGACCGUUGACAUGACUCCCUUUGUUAAGAUCAACGGAAGCUACUAUGUCUUUGGACAGAGCAAGGUAAAUUGGCAUCUCGCCUACGAGGACUGCCGCAGGUUGGGUUCCGAACUGGUGGCCUUCGAAACAUCCGAAGAGUUUGACGACAUUGCCGCGCACUUGAAUGCCCGGGGAGAUCGCUCUGAGCACUGGACUUCUGGCAAUGACUUGGCCCGAACCGGAGACUACUAUUGGUUCUCCAAUGUCCAACUCGUGACCAUUAAGCGUUGGGCGCCCAACCAACCAGACAACUCUGGGGGCAAUGAGCAUUGCAUACACAUGGGCUACAUCUACGGACACUCAACGGAGUUCCAACUGAAUGAUCGACCCUGCAACGGCGAUCCGAAUAGCUUGUUUAAGUACAUUUGUGAGGCUCCAAAGCAGGAAACUAUAUCUAUUGUUGUGUGGAAGUAAAGUGUAUAAAGUGUCAAUAAAUGUUGUUUCUAUUAA